AUGGGAUCAAAAAACAGAAUGUUAUUUUAUAGUAACAUAUUAUUACCACAUAGAAAAUUAGAAAAGAAUUUUUUAUCAUCAUAUAAAGAUAGAAAUUAUGAAUUUAAGAAAUACCAGGAUUUCAUAUCAUAUAUUUUGUCAUUACUUCCACUGUUAAUAAUUAGUGUAAUUCAUAUUUUAAUUAAAAUAAAUAGUUACACUAUUGGCAAUUUGUUUUUAAUAAUAUCUUAUUUAUUUUCAUUUUUCUUCUUCAUAUUAUAUUAUUAUAAUUCCCAUUUUAUUUUUGUUGCAUUUGUUUAUUUUUCUUUUGUAAUAUCAUUAUGUCUGCAUGAAUUUGCUCACGCUUAUGUUGCUUUUAAGUGUGGUGAUAUAACUAUGAUAUAUAAAGGAUAUUUAUAUUUAGAUAUUUUGAAUUAUUUAGAUAUUUUUCAUACAUUAAUUAUACCAUCAGUAACAUUAUUUAUAACCGGAUUUGCACUACCUGGAAAUUUAUAUUGGCUACAAUUACAUUUUAUAAAAAGUAGAUUUCAUUUAUCUCUUAUAUUUUUAUCAGGGCCAUUGUUAGAUAUUAUUUUUAUUAUGUAUAUUAUUUUUUUUUAUAAUUUAUUAACAUAUUUUAAAAAUAAGAAAAUUGUAAAUGUGCAACCACAUUCUAUAUUGUUCAUAUCUUUAGCUACAUCUGCUUCAUUUUUAGUAGAUUCUUUUUUAUUAAAUAUGUUUCCUAUAAUUGGGUUUGAUGGAUGGGGAAUAAUUGAACCAUAUUUACCUUAUUGCAUAAAUAGCAUAAUUAAUGAAGAAAUUGUAUACACCUAUUUGUCAUAUAUAUGCCCCCUUUGUGUUUUUAUAUAUUUUAACUUUAUUGAAACAAAAUACCUUUUUUUCACAAAGGUUGUCAACUUUAUAUUAGAAAAAGCAUUAGGAAUUAAAAUAUCACAUGUUACAAAGGGAGUUAAUAGCUUCCCAACUUUAUAUUCUUAUCUUAGAAAAAUAUAA